UGAAGAGCUGCGCGGUUAGUGACGCGAGGCGUGGGUGCGCGGCCUUUGGAGAGGGUUUGAGGUGUUUGGGAAUCAGGGUGGGGACUUGCGGUAACCCAAGUUGAAUGCUCCGAGCCCUGGGUGAAUGAACCAAGGAGCUCCCGUUUCCGGACCCCAUAUUUGAGCCACGGAAGCAGCCAGUGAAUUUGCGGCACGUGAAGACUUCGAAGAUAAUGGAGAAAGAGAAGAAGAAUAUGCAGAAGCAGAAGCACACACACAAGAAGAAACACAAAGAGCACACAGAUCCUGCGGCCUCAACUCCACUGCAGCAGUGCUUGGGGCCUCGCUGUGUGUAUGCUGCCCGUCCAGGCUCGAAGUACUGCUCGGAUGAUUGCGGCAUGAAGCUUGCAGCUGAACGCAUCUAUGAGAUCUUGCCCCAGCGCAUCCAGCAGUGGCAGAACAGCCCCUGCGUCGCUCAGGAGAUCAACCAAAAAAUGUUGGAGCAAAUCGAUCACGAGAAGCAGGUCACCCAUAGCCACCUGAAGCACAUGGAACACCAUUUAUAUGAACUUGAGGCCAUCAUCCUGCGUGGCAAGCAGCAGACUGUGUGUGUGGACGAGGAGCAGAGAGACAAAACUGAGAAGGACCAGGCAGACCUGCAAAUCUUCUGUGUCUCCUGCGGGCGAUCCAUCAAAAUGCACUUGGCCCUGCGCCACAUGGAGCGCUGCUUUGCCAAGUAUGAGUGCCAGGUAUCGUUUGGAUCCUUGUACCCUACUUGCAUUGAAGGGACCACACGACUCUUUUGUGAUGUCUACAACCCAGAGAGUAAGAGGUACUGUAAGCGGCUCCAGGUGCUGUGCCCCGAGCACACUCGGGACCCCAAGGUGUCCAAAGACGAGGUGUGUGGUUGCCCGCUAGUGAGCAAUGUCUUUGAGUUCACAGGUGAUUUCUGUCGCCUUCCCAAACACCUGUGCAACCGCCACUACUGCUGGGAGAAGCUGAGGCGCGCCGAGGUGGACCUGGAACGCGUGCGGGCGUUGCACAAGCUGGAACAGCUGUUCGAACAAGAGCAAAAGGUGCGCAUGGCUAUGACCAAUCGGGCAGGACUCCUGGGGCUGAUGCUUCACCAGACCAUUCAGCACGAUCCGCUCACCUCUGACCUGCGCUCCCGGGCGGACAGCUGAGCCUGCUGCAUCCCCCUCCAUCCACUUUUUUUUUUUCUCACGACAUUGUGUAGUUUUUUUCUGGGCUUGUGUGUCUACCUUUGGUCGCCUCUCUGUCCCUCCUUUGGGAGAGGGUGUCUCAAAAUCCCAUGGGUUCCCAUUCCAUUCCUUCAUCCCUGUGUCUCUUUCUUCCCUGAACCUGGGUGAGACCAGGAGAUCUGUUCUGCUCUCAUCACCACUGUCUGGAGACUGGGUCAAGAAUCUUGAAAGAACAAAGGUUUGAUCCCAUACGUAUCCCAGAUCUGUUCCUGGCCAGAAAGCCAAUCGCAAAUUGAGUAUAAAGUCCCGAGUGGGAGCUGCCAUGCCUGUGAGUGGGUAUUGGGUGAUGCCCACUCAGUGCUCUGCUGGAGGAGUCCACGACCCUUGGUCCUCCAAACCGCCAUUGGGACCAUCGGGUGUGUAGUCAGCAUCUGAUUAGCCAAUCUGCCCGCGCCUAUGAAAUUGUUAAUAUUCUUCAGCCAGAGAUAUUGGGAAAAGGUUGAGGAUAGUAGGUUUCCCUUUUAUUUUUAAAAAUAUUUAUUUACUUAUGAUUUAUUUGUUCCUGUUAUAUUUAUUGAUGAUUCAUGUAUUGGUUUAUUUAUUGAUUUAUUUGUUUUCUUUAUGACUUAUGUAUCAGUUUAUGAUUAUUUGCUUAUGUUUGAUUUAUUUAUGAUUUAUUGAUUUAUCAGCUUAUUUAUUUAUUUUUAUCUAAGAGUGGGUGAGAGAGAGAGGUCUUCCAUCUAAAUGUCCCCAACAACCAAGAACUCAAUCUGGAUUUGCUAUGUGAGUGGCAAGGGCCCAAAUGCUUAAGCCAUCAUAGAAAGUAGUAGAAAGAUAGAACUUGAAAUGAACCCUGGACUCAAACGCAGGCGCUCAGAAACAGGUGCCCCAAUGUGGCAUUUUAAUCACUAUGCCAAAUGCCAUCUUUUAGUACUCCCUUUUGAGAUGCAUCUUGAGAAGGUCAGGGCUGGGUAACAUGGGCUGGUGUCCCCUAAUGUUUCCAUUUUGGAACACUGAGGAGGAUUCCGAGUGGUAUGGUUUUUCCCUGCUCUACCUGGCAUGACCAUGCCAUCGUGCCCCUCCUCCUGCCCGUCUUAUCCCACCCCUGAACAUCCCAGGAGCUCCCAGCUCUUGUGUCUGUGUCGCCUCAGCCCUGCCCAGCCCUCCUUGCCCUCAUCACUCUGUUCUGGGUCUGCCCUCUUCAGCCUGCCAAGGUCACUGAGUCCCCAUGCUGUCAUGUGCGUGUCACACCCAUGGGGUUGCCAUAAAAGGACUUAGACCUCUGCUGCCUCUGACUUUGCCAGCCCUGCCUGGCUUCGUGUGUGGUUAAAAGUAUAAGGCAAAUGAUAGAUAUAAACUACUUUCUCUGUUUUUUUCCCUAUACUCGCUGGUCCCUUCUGAAUUUUUACAUCAGUUUUCAUAAAUACUCUUUUCCCAGGAGCUCACAUAUUUCCCCUACAUGUUUAAAUACAUUGCUCAAGACUUAAACCUCAUAUUCCAUAAUAAUUAGUUUAUAUUGCUACCUGACUCCUUUCGUAUUACUACUACUGAUUUUGUAUUCUUUCCAAUUUCACCAUGAUUUCCAGAAGUUAUUCUAUAUAACUUGUCAU